AUGGGGCACCUAAAAAAUAUUCAUAAGGCAGCUUUCCGAGAGCUUACCGAUGAUGGCUCAACAAAAAUUACGGAUUCUUUACCCUCAACAAGUUUUAAAUCUAUAAAGGAACUCACUAAAGAAGCAGAUAGAAGUGACGCCUUGAAAGAACCUGAAAAUAAAACUGUUGGUCCACCAAAACGCCAAAAAACUAUUCAAGCUAGUUUUGAAGGGAUUUAUGCUUUCUCGGCCAAUGGUGACAAAACUAUUAAAAUUAAUAAUGCCUUAGUAUAUAUGGUGUGUAAGGAUAAUCAGCCAUUUACUAUUGUAGAGAACGAAGGCUUUCGCAAUUUGCUUAAAGUGAUUGAGCCGCGUUAUAAACUUCCCCAUAAAACAACACUCACUCGUUGGGUUGAUGACAAAUACGCCGCCCUAUCAGGAAUCAUCCGUGAAAAGUUGUCGGGCAUUGAAAAUCUGACUUUGACAACUGACAUGUGGUCAGAAUCGAUGUCCAUGAGGAGCUUUCUUGGAGUCACAGCUCAUUUCUUGGUGUUGGCAGUGCCUACUAGAUGGAAUAGCACAUAUUAUAUGAUUGAGCGAUUCAUCGAACUUCGUGAGAUUGUUAACAAUAUAAUCAUCAGACACAAAAAUGCACCAGCUAUGCUGCAUGCGUCAGAACUUGCACAUCUAAGUUCAGUUCUACAGGUACUACGUCCAAUAGAAGCUGCUACGAAGGAGGUCUCAGCCACGGUAUUGGACCCCAGAUUCAAGAAAAUGCAUUUUACGGAUCCGCUUGCAUGCUCUGCUGCUGUAGGAAAAAUAAAAGAUCUCAUGAAAGCCGCAGCCCACAACACGACCAAAGAUUCGGAGUCAUCGGAACUUUCUGAUAAAAAUGAGAAUAACUAUUCAUUGUGGGAGGACCACCACAAGCUAGUCCACAAAAGUUGGAAAUUGUCAAAGGCCGAUGACACUAUUUCUGAUGAGCUGGCCAUAUAUCUACGUUGCCCAGUGGGUAGACUCACUGAAAACCCAUUGGAAAUUUGGAAGGACUUGGAGAUACAGCUCCCACAAUUGAAGCCAAUCGCAUAUAAAUAUCUGACCAUGGUGGGAACGUCAGUCCCGUCAGAGCGACUGUUUUCAAAAAGCGGCCCAAAUCGUAACUCAGCAGAGAAAUAG